CACCUCCCUCGACAACUCACGAAACAGGAUAUCAUAUCAUCGAGACAAAACUUCACAAAUAACAAGUAUUUGGAAGCUAUGUCGCAUCAGACAGGAAUAACAGCAUCAGAGGAAUUGCGGAAGCUGUUUCUCAAAGCCAGAGAGGGAAAAAUACGAAGCAUUAAAAUCUCUAUUUUUGAUGAGAAACUCACAAGUGAUGCAACAGAAAAGGUCCACAGCUCGUGGGACAAAGACUAUGACGUUACGGUGCUGCCACACCUUGUGGAUGCGCAGCCCUGCUACGUACUGUACCGGCUGGACUCGCGGAAUGAGAACGGCUACCAGUGGUUGUUCCUUGCCUACUCGCCAGACGAGUCACCGGUACGGGAGAAGAUGUUGUAUGCAGCAACACGAGCGACCGUCAAGACAGAGUUUGGACUCGUUCACAUCAAGGAUGAAAUGUUCGGAACGUCAAAGCGAGAGAUGUCGUUCGCUGGGUACGAGCGCCACCUACACGCGCGGGCGGGUCCGGGACCAAUGACAGAUACGGAGGAGGAGCUGGCACGGCUAAAACUGGAGGAGAUGGCGUACCAUCCGGUCGACACGAGACAUGAAACACUGAAAGGUGUUGCAUUCCCGAUAUCCCGUGAGGCCCUCGACAGCAUGGUGGAUCUACGUGAGGGUCGCAUUAACUAUAUACAACUUUGUUUCUCUACUCGAUGCCGGGAUACACGUGUCCCAUCAAAGAACGGAUGCUCUAUUCCAGCUGCAAGGCCCCGCUGCUGGAUACCAUAGAGCAGUAUGUGCAGCUUCCCCUCGCACGCAAGGUUGAGGUGGACAGUCCAUCAGAAGUCACGGAGGAGUUUCUCUACAAUGAGAUUCACCCGAAAGAACACGCACACAAGAUGGCAUUCGCCAAGCCCAAGGGUCCGCCGAACCGGGGCGCCCGGCGAAUCACCAAGAAUUAUUCAUUGCACGACCAAGACGAGAUACAUCGAGCAGAAGAUAUCACGUUCAGCCGCCUCCUCCACUGGUGAUGCCCACCAUCACGUAUAAAUAUAUCGACGUUGUUUUUAUUCGUAAACUGAGCGGCGUUGCUAACAGCGGCGGUUUUUCCGCGCGUCGAGAUUGGACAGUAGGGGACAUCCGUUACGUCAACUGCGCCAAGUUUGUGUGGCAGCUCGUAGUUGACUGGCAUGCAUACCAACAGUUUGCGAAAGCGUUCAACCAGCGGAACCGUAUGUUCAAUGCUUUUAUUUCCGAUAGCAGGCCAAUGAAUUAAAUAUAGCGCAGGCGUGUUCUUCUAGGAUGGAAUGCUCUGCGGCCGACAAUCGAACGUUAUAGGCAAUUGUUGUAAGUGGGCAACUCCCUUUCAGUGCUGCUACAAUAGCUGGUGUAUCUGUACAUGCGUGUAUAUUGGCAGACGUGGCCACGUCUACGGCACCGCAAGUAUGUUAUGACUGCUACGAGGAUUCGGCCCAUGGUUCUGCCACCUAGUGGCCGUAUUUGCUAUCGAGGGGGUUUACAGACGCUUAAUUUUGCUCAAUGUCGAAUGUUAUAGUCACGAUUGUUGUUACAUUAGAACAUUAUUAAGUUUUAUAUGUUCGGAAUUAUUCAGAAUUUGUGAUUGUUGGCUGACAAUGUGGUGUUUGCGAAGUAUUCGUCAUCUUUUUGGUUUGGUUCUCAAUCGUUACUGCAUCGUACGGUGGAGCACUUGAUUGACUGUGUUAGACAAGUGUGUCGAACUUCUAACCACAGCAUAUUCACACGCAAGAGCACUGGGAUAAAGACCGCGUGCUGCGGUGUGGCUGUGUCUAUAGUAAAUUUAUUUAUGUUGGCUGGCAGUUACGUGAAAUUGAUUCCAUGCGCUACAUUAUUGUCGCCACUAUUUUCAUGUUCUUUUGUCAAGCCUUUAGAAGUUGCUUGCCAUACAUGCACACCGUGAUCGCUACAUAGCAAGGCUGUGGAUGUUAGCUUGAAGCUAUCUCUGCGGAGAAAUAAAGAUUGUAUAGAAUACUUGAUGAUACAUAUAGAUGUAUGUAUAUAUAUAUAUAUAUAUAUAUAUAUAUAUAUACAUCCAUACUCGCAUAUAUACACAGUCAACUUGAGUCAAGCCUGGUAGGAUCACUCAAGAGAAAUGCCAAGUGUCAUUUAUAGACAUGUGUCCUUUCUAUAAAAGUAACUGCUACCACAGGUUUGACUGUGUGUAUAUAAUUCAUUUGCCAAUUAUCCCAGUUGUUUGCUAAGGUUUCUUGUAUAUGGGAUGAUGCACGUUUAGUGUUAGGAGUUCAACUUCACUUCGUUACUGUCAAGACCAGCAAAUGCCAUCAAAGCCUUACUUUGGUACAAGAUUACACUUUGAUGAACAAUUAAUUAUGCUACGAUAGUUGUGUAUCACAUUUUAAAAGUGAGUUUCUCGUGUAUUUAUACGACACCAAUAAUUAUUUUUCCCUAUUUUCUGUAAUUGCAAAUCUGAGGAAGGAAAAGGAUAAACUUUUAUAUGCAAACAAAAAAGUAAAAAAUGUUAUAUUUUAAA